AUGUUCACUUUUUUACUUGGUGUUUUCAAGGCCAUUUUUGGACUCACAGAACUGCUGUUUCAGGCCCUGCAGAGCAAAUCUCUUGAUGUAAGACAUUAUUGUGUAUGGGUUGAUAGUACACUGAAUGCAUUGAAAGCCAUUAGAAGUGAUGCGAAGUUUCAAAGGAUAUAUGACAACACUAUCCAGAUUGAUGGAAUGGAAGAUGAAAGACGCAAAAGACUCAGCCGUGGCUGGGAUGACUAUGAGCAGGGACUCAACCACCGGGACAACGCUGACAAUGACCCAGGCUUCCUGGACAGAUACCAACAACUGUACUUCAAAAUACUCUAUGGAAUCAUACUACACAUGACCCAGAGGUUUGCUGACAUGAAGAGCCUCGACUUCUUCUGUGUUCUUGAUCAUGGGUCAUUUCCCGAGUACUCCAAGCAAGAGGGAUUUCCUGACAGAGUACUCACACAGCUGUUCCAGACGUACCCUUUCUUUGACAACCAGAGGUUGAAAAAUUAGCUGUAGGUAGUCUAUGCUGAUGCCUCCUUCCACAAACCACCAGGUGAGCUGCUGCAAUCACUCGUGAAAAAUUACCUGACCACCACUUUACCUGAGGUAUGCAAGCUCCUGAAACGGAUGCUCACCAUCCCUGUUACAAGUACAUCAGCUGAAAGGUCAUUUUCCUGUCUGAAAAGGAUUAAAACCUACCUACAUAAUAGCUGUGAACAAGAGAGACUCACGCAUUUGGCAGAAAUGUCAAUGGAAACUUGUGUGCUGCAUGAACUUAAGUCCAGUGGAGUACUGUAUGACAUAGUCAUUUACCAUUUUGCCAGCAUGAAAGAGAGGAAG